AUGGACAGCUCACAGUGUCAGUGCUGGAUUCCUCAGCGCGGUGAGAGGAAGCAGCAAGAUGCUGCAAUAACUGCAGACUGUGGCAGCUCAUCUUCAGCCAGGGAGGGGAAAUGUGCUGAGAUAAGCGAAGAAGUAAAAUGUAGUAAAAUGAAGACCGAGGCCAGCGGGCAGCAGGCAAGCGUUGUGGGCGUGUCCUCCUCGCGAGGCAGCGUCCUGCCUAGCGUUGUGGGCGUGUCCUCCUCGCGAGGCAGCGUCCUGCCUAGCGUUGUGGGCGUGUCCUCCUCGCGAGGCAGCGUCCUGCCUAGCGUUGUGGGCGUGUCCUCCUCGCGAGGCAGCGUCCUGCCUAGCGUUGUGGGCGUGUCCUCCUCGCGAGGCAGCGUCCUGCCUAGCGUUGUGGGCGUGUCCUCCUCGCGAGGCAGCGUCCUGCCUAGCGUUGUGGGCGUGUCCUCCUCGCGAGGCAGCGUCCUGCCUAGCGUUGUGGGCGUGUCCUCCUCGCGAGGCAGCGUCCUGCCUAGCGUUGUGGGCGUGUCCUCCUCGCGAGGCAGCGUCCUGCCUAGCGUUGUGGGCGUGUCCUCCUCGCGAGGCAGCGUCCUGCCUAGCGUUGUGGGCGUGUCCUCCUCGCGAGGCAGCGUCCUGCCUAGCGUUGUGGGCGUGUCCUCCUCGCGAGGCAGCGUCCUGCCUAGCGUUGUGGGCGUGUCCUCCUCGCGAGGCAGCGUCCUGCCUAGCGUUGUGGGCGUGUCCUCCUCGCGAGGCAGCGUCCUGCCUAGCGUUGUGGGCGUGUCCUCCUCGCGAGGCAGCGUCCUGCCUAGCGUUGUGGGCGUGUCCUCCUCGCGAGGCAGCGUCCUGCCUAGCGUUGUGGGCGUGUCCUCCUCGCGAGGCAGCGUCCUGCCUAGCGUUGUGGGCGUGUCCUCCUCGCGAGGCAGCGUCCUGCCUAGCGUUGUGGGCGUGUCCUCCUCGCGAGGCAGCGUCCUGCCUAGCGUUGUGGGCGUGUCCUCCUCGCGAGGCAGCGUCCUGCCUAGCGUUGUGGGCGUGUCCUCCUCGCGAGGCAGCGUCCUGCCUAGCGUUGUGGGCGUGUCCUCCUCGCGAGGCAGCGUCCUGCCUAGCGUUGUGGGCGUGUCCUCCUCGCGAGGCAGCGUCCUGCCUAGCGUUGUGGGCGUGUCCUCCUCGCGAGGCAGCGUCCUGCCUAGCGUUGUGGGCGUGUCCUCCUCGCGAGGCAGCGUCCUGCCUAGCGUUGUGGGCGUGUCCUCCUCGCGAGGCAGCGUCCUGCCUAGCGUUGUGGGCGUGUCCUCCUCGCGAGGCACCGUCCUGCCUAGCGUUGUGGGCGUGUCCUCCUCGCGAGGCACCGUCCUGCCUAGCGUUGUGGGCGUGUCCUCCUCGCGAGGCACCGUCCUGCCUAGCGUUGUGGGCGUGUCCUCCUCGCGAGGCAGCGUCCUGCCUAGCGUUGUGGGCGUGUCCUCCUCGCGAGGCAGCGUCCUGCCUAGCGUUGUGGGCGUGUCCUCCUCGCGAGGCAGCGUCCUGCCUAGCGUUGUGGGCGUGUCCUCCUCGCGAGGCAGCGUCCUGCCUAGCGUUAGGGGCGUGUCCUCCUCGCGAGGCAGCGUCCUGCCUAGCGUUGUGGGCGUGUCCUCCUCGCGAGGCAGCGUCCUGCCUGGCGUUCGAGGCAGCGUCCUGCCUAGCGUUAGGGGCGUGUCCUCCUCGCGAGGCAGCGUCCUGCCUGGCGUUGUGGGCGUGUCCUCCUCGCGAGGCAUCGUCCUGCCUAGCGUUGUGGGCGUGUCCUCCUCGCGAGGCAGCGUCCUGCCUGGCGUUGUGGGCGUGUCCUCCUAG